UUCGAUCGCGACUUCAUUGCUUCUCAGCGGCUUUAUCGGAGGCUGGUGGAGCUCACUGCUCUGCUCACACUCCUGGCCCUCACAGAUGUUUUCAGUGAGAGCAGCUUGCACAAGAUCCUGAAGAAAAUAAAUGUGGUGGGUAACAGUAGCACUCCCUCUAAGUCUGGAGUGGCAGUCGCUCCCGCCAAGGCCAAAGAGUUGCUGGCCAAGCUACGAAGGCCCAAGAGGAACAUCUGGGACCGCAGCAGGCCAGACGUGCAGCAGUGGAUCAUGCAGUUCAUGUACAUGGGCUUUGAUGAGACGAGACUGGGGAUGGACCUGUCCUACUGGAUGGACCACGCAUCCAAUGAUCAGGGUCGUCAGCACCAUUAUGACGAGAACUCUCCCAUCGGAUCCAGAGACAGAGGGGCACACCGUCAUGGAGCCAACGUCAACUAUGACUACUACUAA